GAGAAGAUAUGGGUUUGGGCAAGAAGGCGAUGAUGAUGAAGGUGGGUGUGGUUCUGUUUCUGAUGGCCUUCACUACUGCACCUGUGGAGGCUCGCUUCGAUGCCAACACCUUCCUGGCUGAGAUGUUUAAGGACAACGGCGAACCCAAUUACUUGAUCAAGUCCACCACCACGGCCUGCUGCAACAACUGUCGCUGCACAAAGUCGAACCCACCUCAGUGUCAAUGCAACGACAUCGGACAAACCUGCCACUCUGCCUGCAAGUCCUGCGUCUGCGCUCUCAGUUAUCCUCCACAGUGUCGCUGCCUUGACAUCACCACCUUCUGCUAUCCUCCUUGCUCAUCCUCUUCUGCUUAAUUCUGUAAUAUACAAAUAAUGUUAUGUGAGCCAAUUCCUACUUUUAUUAGUAGGCUUGGCUCCUAUCUAUGUAUGCGAAUGUGAACCUUCCCUACUAAUAAAAUAAGCUAUCUUGUGCCUUGCUUGCUUCCCGCUUGCUUUCUGCAAGCUGCAGGUUACUGGUAAGGACUUGAUAUUCUUCCAU